UCGUUUAAAAUCUGCGAAUAUUUUUUACUACUGCUGCGGAAAGCGUUGUCGGUUUUUUUGUGCGACUACUCUACACAGUACUGUAAGUGAGUGCAGUGCAGCCUGAUACUCGAGAGCGCAGCUGUACGCUUCCUGGCCGCAAUGGCCGUUCUUUCUGUCUCUCAAUGCGCGGUGUCUGUCUCUGCCGCGGUGAGGCAGCUGCGCUUAUGCUUAUGCCCGCCCCCUGCGCCAUGUGCGCCUGGCCGCUGCUUGCCGUGCACAGUAUGCGAGAAAGCUGCGGUUGACGAUGCUGGGCGCAGUGUUCGGCACAGUCAGUCGUCUUGUCGUGCGAUGCGAGAUUUGCAGCAGUCUAACCGUGAGUUUGCCUGAUCGCUCGCCGUUAGUGACAGUGUGUGUUUGGUGACCCCUGCGUGGGAGAUAAGGCAUCGGAUUGUGUGUGCCAAGUGGCAUCCUCUGGCGGGGAAUUUAGAGUGUCCUUGGAGUGCCUAACCGGGAUACCGCUGCCGGCUGCCUGCUAUCACGGGAUCAUUCGCCUAGCGCGCGCUAUAUGACCAUGUUCAACCCGUCCUUCCUUAAGCCUGAUCCCCACGCGCAUGCCCACGCUGCCGCCGCCGCGGCGCACCACAUGUCCGGCAUGGGUAGCCUCAAAGCGCAAACCACCCCCGGCGCCGGCCUGCAUGAGGCCGGUGUAGCGCCCACGGCCGCCAACUCCUUCCUACCAGCCGCGGGCGGCCCCAACCUUAACGCCGUACCCUAUCCGUCGCAUCCCAACUACGCUUACGAGCCCAAUAAUGGUUACCCCACUCGCGAUCUCUUUCCCAACCCGCUCAGCUUCCGCCGCGCUGACCACCACUCCUACAUCGACCCGCAUCCCUUUCAUGCGGCCGCCGCAGCCCAGACCGCCACGUUCCACACCACGCAUUGUUCGGAGAAUUUUUUUCCCUACGAAGCGCCGCCGGCCGCUCGCUUUCCGGCCUUCCACCAUCAUCAUGAUCUCUACGGCCGCACCGAUUUCAAUCAUCACCCGGCCGCAUCCAGUUUCCUGCGUUAUUAUCGCACUGGCCAUGCGGGUAUUCGCGGUCACGGCCAGGAUGUGCCCGUGCGUUGCCAGUGGGUAGAACCGGAUCUGCCGCAGCCGCGGAAGCCCUGCAACCGACUGUGCGGCAGUCAACCAGAGCUGGUCCAGCACCUUACCGUCGACCAUGUCGGCGGGCCCGAGUCGACCAACCACGCCUGCUUUUGGCAGGAAUGCGGCCGCGAGGGCAAGGCCUUCAAGGCCAAGUAUAAGUUGGUCAAUCAUAUCCGCGUGCACACUGGCGAGAAGCCCUUCGUCUGCCCCUUUCCCACCUGUGGCAAACUCUUCGCCCGCAGCGAGAAUCUGAAAAUCCACAAAAGGACGCACACCGGCGAGAAGCCCUUCAAGUGCGAACACCCGGGCUGCGACCGAAAGUUCGCCAACAGUUCGGACCGGAAAAAGCACAUGCACGUGCACACCAGUGACAAGCCCUACAACUGCAAGGUGCCCGGCUGCGACAAGUCCUACACGCACCCCUCCUCCCUGCGCAAGCAUAUGAAGUCCCACGGGAAGACGGCCGACUCGCCGCCGCCCGGGGACGCCUGCAGCGGAGCAUCGCGCAGCGCCACGCCCAGUUCCCCUUCUAACGGUUCCAACGGUUAUCCGCCAGCGGCCCCUAACUCCAAGGCCCACGGCGGGGGAGGCGGGGCUCCAAUGCCCACCGGCAUGCCGCAACCGCCCCAGGCCCCCGCACCGCUGAGCCACCACCACCAACACGGACACCCGCUGACGGCGGUGGGCCCCGGCGGCCCGCCACAACAAUUGCUGCAGGCCCACCACCCGCCGGCCGCCGCCUGGUACGCGCCCCAUGCCAACGUCUACCCGGGAGCCCACUACUGAAGAUAACUUCAACCGCCCUGUGUACAUAUAUACUGCAUGCACAGGCACGCAAUGCCAUUCCGUGACGAAUCGCAGCCUCUGCGUGACCCGUCGGAGCCGGUAAUGAAUUGGCUCCGGAAUGAAUGGAACGGGCCGGAAUGCCAUUUCCGGACACAUGGAGCAGCGUGCAUUCAGGAUGGACCGGUGCCGGUCGUCAGCAUGCGCGGCUUAUCGUAUAAGAAGGCCUUAUAAGCGAAUUGAAUGAAUGAAUGUAUCACAGUGGCGAUUAUUCUGCACUGCACACACUUUAUUGUAUGUACUUGUAUGUAAAGAAAUGAAUGGACCCUUCUUCAUUGUCUAGGACGAGCCAAGCUGUAAAAUGGCCGUCUAAUCCCGGAAUGCAUGGCAGUUUUAAUUCUCUCGACGUGGAAAUUCAAUGCAAAUGAAUCUCGAUGAAUAUCAAUGA